CACGUCUCGUCGGUCUUCUAUCAGGCGUCACGUGGUGUCCCGCGCGGCGUGGAGAGGGAGGCGCGGGCGCUCUGGCGGUUUCUCUCUGGUACCGGAGGCGGUAGCGGCCAUCGAGGGCCGCGAUCCCCACCCCGCUCUUCGCCUCCUGCGGCCCUUCGUCGGUCCCCUUGCCCAUUACCGCCAUGUCGUGCAACUACGUGGUGACGGCUCAGAAGCCCACGGCCGUCAACAGCUGCGUCACCGGGCACUUUACCUCGGCGGAGGACCUGAACUUGUUGAUCGCCAAGAACACCCGCCUGGAGAUCUAUGUGGUCACCGCGGAAGGGCUGCGGCCCGUCAAGGAAGUGGGCAUGUAUGGCAAGAUCGCCGUCAUGGAGCUUUUCCGGCCCAAGGGGGAGAGCAAAGAUUUGCUCUUCAUUCUUACAGCAAAGUAUAAUGCUUGCAUCCUUGAGUAUAAACAGAAUGGGGAGAGCAUUGAUAUCAUCACCCGAGCCCAUGGCAACGUGCAGGAUCGUAUUGGUCGUCCCUCAGAAACAGGGAUAAUUGGUAUAAUUGACCCUGAGUGUAGAAUGAUUGGACUGCGCCUCUAUGAUGGCCUCUUCAAAGUGAUUCCUCUAGAACGAGAAAAUAAGGAAUUAAAGGCAUUUAACAUUCGUCUGGAGGAGCUGCAGGUCAUCGAUGUCAAGUUCCUGUAUGGAUGCCAGGCUCCAACCAUCUGCUUUGUUUACCAGGAUCCACAGGGCCGUCAUGUGAAGACCUAUGAAGUGUCUUUACGAGAGAAGGAGUUUAACAAGGGGCCCUGGAAACAGGAAAAUGUGGAGGCUGAAGCCUCCAUGGUAAUUGCAGUGCCUGAGCCAUUUGGAGGUGCUAUCAUUAUUGGACAAGAAUCCAUCACAUACCACAAUGGCGAUAAAUACCUAGCUAUAGCCCCACCAAUCAUCAAGCAAAGUACAAUCGUAUGCCACAAUCGUGUGGAUCCAAAUGGGUCCCGUUACCUUCUGGGUGACAUGGAGGGCCGGCUUUUCAUGCUUCUGUUGGAGAAGGAAGAGCAGAUGGAUGGUGGUGUCAGUUUGAAAGACUUGCGUGUGGAACUGCUUGGAGAGACAUCCAUUGCAGAAUGCCUGACUUACCUAGACAAUGGUGUUGUGUUUGUUGGCUCACGGCUUGGGGACUCCCAACUGGUGAAGCUCAACGUGGACAGUAAUGAGCAAGGUUCAUAUGUUGUCGCCAUGGAAACCUUCACCAACCUUGGUCCCAUUGUGGACAUGUGUGUGGUAGAUCUUGAGAGACAAGGUCAAGGGCAGCUGGUUACAUGCUCAGGUGCCUUUAAGGAGGGUUCUCUAAGGAUUAUUCGGAACGGUAUUGGGAUUCAUGAACAUGCCAGCAUUGAUCUGCCAGGAAUUAAAGGAUUGUGGCCCCUGAGAUCAGACCCCCACCAUGAAACUGAUAACACCUUAGUGCUAUCCUUUGUGGGACAAACCAGGGUUUUGAUGUUGAAUGGGGAAGAAGUGGAGGAAACAGAACUGACAGGAUUUGUGGAUGAUCAGCAAACUUUUUUCUGUGGCAAUGUUGCGCAUCAGCAGUUAAUUCAGAUAACAUCAGCCUCGGUACGACUGGUCAGUCAGGAGCCUAAGGCCCUUGUAAGUGAAUGGAAAGAGCCCAACAGAAAGAACAUUAGUGUGGCUUCCUGCAACAGCUGUCAAGUUGUGGUGGCUGUAGGGAGAGUAUUAUACUAUCUUGAAAUCCACCCCAGGGAGCUCAAGCAGAUAAGCUGCACAGAAAUGGAGCAUGAAGUGGCCUGUUUGGACAUCACUCCUCUGGGAGAUACCACUGGCAUGUCGCCUCUGUGUGCUAUUGGCCUCUGGACAGACAUCUCAGCGCGCAUUCUGAAGCUACCCUCAUUUGAGCUGUUACACAAGGAGAUGCUGGGAGGAGAGAUUAUCCCACGUUCCAUUCUGAUGACCACAUUUGAGAGUAGCCAUUAUCUGCUUUGUGCCCUUGGGGACGGGGCUCUUUUCUACUUUGGCUUGAACAUUGAGUCAGGUUUGCUGAGUGAUCGGAAGAAAGUAACGUUGGGAACUCAGCCCACUGUUUUAAGGACAUUUCGCUCCCUCUCCACCACCAAUGUCUUUGCCUGCUCUGACCGCCCAACAGUGAUUUACAGCAGCAAUCACAAGCUCGUCUUUUCUAAUGUCAAUCUUAAAGAAGUGAACUACAUGUGCCCUCUCAACUCAGACGGGUAUCCUGACAGCUUGGCUUUGGCCAACAACAGCACAUUGACAAUUGGCACUAUUGAUGAAAUUCAAAAGUUGCAUAUACGCACCGUUCCGCUUUAUGAGUCACCAAGGAAGAUCUGCUAUCAGGAAGUAUCACAAUGUUUUGGUGUGCUUUCCAGUCGCAUAGAGGUUCAGGAUGCUAGUGGAGGUACCACUGCGUUGAGGCCAAGUGCAAGCACCCAGGCCCUCUCUAGCAGUGUGAGUUCCAGCAAGUUGUUUUCUAGCAGUACGGCCCCACAUGAGACCUCAUUUGGUGAGGAGGUAGAGGUGCACAAUCUGCUCAUCAUUGAUCAACACACAUUUGAAGGUACUAUAUGUGAAGUGCUUCACGCUCACCAGUUCCUGCAGAAUGAGUAUGCGCUAAGUCUGGUCUCUUGCAAAUUGGGCAAAGACCCCAACACGUACUUCAUUGUGGGCACUGCCAUGGUAUAUCCUGAUGAGGCUGAACCCAAGCAGGGCCGUAUUGUGGUGUUCCACUAUUCUGAUGGUAAAUUGCAGACGGUGGCUGAGAAAGAAGUCAAAGGAGCUGUCUACUCAAUGGUGGAAUUCAAUGGAAAACUCUUAGCCAGCAUAAAUAGCACGGUGCGUCUGUACGAGUGGACAGCAGAGAAAGAGCUUCGCACAGAAUGCAAUCAUUACAACAAUAUCAUGGCACUCUAUGUAAAGACGAAAGGUGACUUCAUCUUAGUGGGAGAUCUAAUGCGCUCCGUCCUUUUGCUUGCCUACAAGCCAAUGGAAGGAAACUUUGAAGAGAUCGCUCGUGACUUUAAUCCAAAUUGGAUGAGUGCUGUGGAGAUUUUGGAUGAUGAUAACUUCCUAGGGGCAGAGAAUGCUUUUAACCUGUUUGUGUGCCAGAAAGACAGUGCUGCCACAACUGAUGAGGAGCGGCAGCAUCUGCAGGAGUUUGGCCUGUUCCAUCUGGGCGAGUUUGUCAACGUCUUCUGUCAUGGUUCACUAGUCAUGCAGAAUCUGGGUGAAACAUCCACCCCAACGCAGGGUUCUGUUCUCUUUGGCACAGUCAAUGGAAUGAUUGGCUUGGUGACUUCAUUGUCUGAAAGCUGGUAUAACCUCCUCUUGGAUGUACAGAACAGGCUGAACAAAGUCAUUAAGAGUGUAGGGAAGAUUGAACACUCCUUCUGGAGAUCAUUUCACACAGAACGCAAAACAGAGCCAGCUACUGGGUUCAUUGACGGAGAUUUAAUUGAAAGCUUUUUAGACAUCAGCCGACCCAAGAUGCAGGAGGUGGUAGCUAAUCUACAGAUUGAUGAUGGCAGUGGAAUGAAGAGGGAGGCCACAGUGGAUGACCUGAUCAAGAUUGUGGAGGAGCUCACCCGUAUCCACUAGCUGGAUGAGGAAAGAUUUCCUGGCACCUUCCUCCAUGCUAGCAUCUGGAGUCUUCCCUCCUGCAGCUGGGGCUCCCUAGCCAGUUGCACUGUAAUACUAGAGGCAGUAGCAGUGUGCCUGGGUGAAAGUGGGGAAUCUGUGAACUGAAGCCAUCUCGCUAGGAACUUGCAGAUGCAAUGUUGACUGUUGAUGAUAUCAUCUUCUGCUUGGAUUCACUAAUCCUGUGGCUCUUACCUGCCAACCCAGUAACUGGUUCCAGCCAGUAGUUCCCAUUGAAUAGCAUCUAGUGGUUGGCAAAGGUGUACCCCCACCUAGACUCUUCCCACAACUCAUUCACUGUUGUCUUUUAGUACCUUUUUGGAUUUAAUAUUUUUUGUUCCUUGUGUUUGAAGUGAGAGUCUUCUUUCUUCUCUCCCCCCCCCCCGCCCUUUCUUUUCCUCUUCAUUGGUUUGGAUGAGAUGUGGCUAGAUGGCCGUGUCUGGUGUUGGGGCAGUGGGAACUAUGGCCCCUCUUGGUAUGAAGAAGCCUGUCUGGGUGGGGAACCACAGUGUGGGUAGAAGACCUCUCUAACCCCAGCCUGGCUGCUCAUUUGGGGAGAAGGGGCUGAAAAACAAAAUUUCUGUUACUGAUUUUGAAAUUUUACCAAAUAAAAGUAGUCCAAGAGAG